UGAACUUAUAUUUACGUCCUGAUACACAGCAACGCACCAGUACAAACCACCACAGUACCAAAGGUGUACCACCGUACCAUUUACUAAACAAUGGCUGAGCUGUGAGGCAGUUUGCUUACUCGGCUCCAUCGAGGAGAGAAAAAAUCCCAGUUUUUAAUAGCCGUCGCCGUCGUCGUCGUACAAAGUUUAGAAACUCAAAACACUAUCGCAAUCCAGUCACGAAUCACGAUCGGAUCGUCGCGAGUUCGUCGUAUAGCACAGAUGACAAUAAGUGGCCACAAGUUUUACAGUGACCGUGUGAGCUAGUUCUAAAAGGAUCCUGUUUAUUAAGCUGGACGUACAACUGGAAGGUGGAAGCCAACUGAAAACAUAAAGUUACCGAACAAAUAGAGAAAAAACCAGUAUUAUAGGCUAGCUCAAACGACGCGCGAUGCACAUGCAUAUGUCCUUCUGGUGGGGAGCUGACGUGGGCGAUGUGUUCUUCAAGGGUCUUACGGUGAACAGCACCGGGGCCAUGGUGGCGCUUUGUCUCGUUCUGACCAUGCUGUCGAUCGCGUACGAAGGUUUGAAGGUCCAUGGUGCAAAAACUCGCGCCCGGACAGCGCGCGAACGUACUCGGUCCGGUUCCGUUCCGCCUAGCGAAAGUGCUACCCUCCUUUCGAUGGAACCCAACCCCGGCCUGUGGCGUCCACUUGCACAUCGUGUGGGGACUUUCCUUGCCGAAGCCACCAUGUUUCUGCUGCACAACAUGCUUGGCUACGCCCUGAUGCUGAUGGUCAUGUUCUACAACGGAUACCUGUUCCUGGCGGUGGUAGGAGGAAUGGCUCUCGGUUAUUUCUUCUUCGGCCACCUCUCGAUGAAGGUCAACAUGGAAAACGUGCGAGCACGCCAGACCAACGUUAUUUGCACGGCACGCUGCCUGCAGACAGAUUCACCGAGCCGUUCGGUUACACCCAGCCUGGAUGAACAGUACCGAAGUCAGGACUUCGGGGAACCAUCGACGUCCCGCUCCGCUGGAGUCGCAGUCGCAGUCACUACCGUGGAAUGCCAUUGAAGCAGUCUGCCAAACCUCUUCCAUCCAUGAGCCAUGCGUUAGUUAGUUAGUUUUCGCAGUUGUACAGCAUAUACCGAAGAUAUUACGUAAUCUCAUAUUUGUUGUAAAUUGAAUGACAUUGACAAAGUAGGAAAAUGUCGAACAUGAAUGCCAGAGGCACUCAGAAAGUUGCAAUAUACAGGGCCCAGUUGGAUGUAGGUCGGAUUGAGUGGAAAUCUGCAAUAUUGAAAAGCACACAGCAUCGUAGUAGAUCAGUCGAACAAAACCUGACACUCGACUCGACGGACAUAAUAGGGCCCACAAUUAACUAGCCCCAUAAUCAAUUCAUGCAGAAUAUAGAGGCUCAAUCCUUGUCAGAAGUUGGCUCACUAAGCGUAGGUUAAUUGUUUCGAAAUAUGAAAAAUCUAAAUCUAAACACAAAUGUUUAAACAUAAAGACAAAUAUUUAGUAUUCUACUGUGAUCUGUUUACAAACACGAACAUUUGAGACAAGCAAACAUACAAUCGAACACAACACAAACCAAUUGAUUAAGCCUGUAUUGAGUUUAAUAUCAUUUAAUAAGUUUAAAAAUUUUGCAAUUUUUUUAAGGAUUUAACAAUACAAAAGAAGAGAUGCAACAUUUCUCGAAAAUAAAUCACCGUUUAUUGCAAUCACGCACCAUAAUCAAAACAAAUUUGUUCAGUUAGUUGAUACUGAUAAUAAGUUGUAAAGCUUGUUUCAAUUUAAUGGUGUGGGUCUUUAUACAAGUGCACUAGUUUCGUGUCACACGAAGUUAAAAUCAUUUCAUUUCCUUGGAACUCCGAAGAUGCUACCGCAAUAACGGUGAUCUAAUGUGAUAAUUAUUUGUGGAUCAAACUCUCAACCCUAGGACAAACAAGCUAAUUGAAAAUGUACUCUGCCAAAAUUUUAGUAUAGGAUGAAUUGCUACGUGUAUAAUAAAUUGUAGUCGCAA